AUGGGCUCUAUCAACCAAAAGGCUCCUUGGCAAGAGAGGAUAGCCAUAAAGAGAGAGGCUUGUGCGAACAGAAUCCCGCAAGCAUGGAAAGUGUCGGAAAACUACCUAAAUAGUCUUCAGACACCAUUGUCAGACAAUAAAACCAAUCUUAUCCAAGGAGAAGUGGUUCGCAAGUCUGGGAUCCUGACAGAUCGAGAGCUAGAUAUCACUGAGCAAUAUGACGUCGCUGCUCUGCUCUCUGCUCUGGCGAGUGGUGCGUUGACCUCGACGGAGGUGACUUUGGCAUAUUGCAAGCGUGCUGCGGUUGCUCAACAGUUGAUCAACUGUCUUACGGAGACAAUGUUUGAGGAAGCCCAGGCUCGUGCCGAGUAUCUGGAUAACCUCCGAGCUCAGGGCAAAUCGGCCGGGCCUCUUCACGGUCUCCCUGUCAGCAUUAAGGAUAACUUCCAGUAUAAAGGAAGGGAAGCGACUAUCGGCAUGGUGACAUUUAUGGAUGAAGUUGCUUCGGCAAACUCGGCUCUCGUUGAUAUCCUUCUUAACCUAGGGGCGGUCAUUUAUGUGAAGACCAAUGUCCCGCAAACAAUGAUGACUGCUGAGGCCGAUAACAAUGUGUUCGGACGUACUCUGAACCCCUGGAAUACAGCCCUAGGACCCGGCGGCUCUAGCGGAGGCGAGGGUGCCCUGAUUGCGCUUCGAGGAUCACCAUUGGGAGUGGGCACCGAUAUUGGCGGCUCGGUCAGGAUUCCAGCUACCUGCUGUGGAACGUACGGAUUCAGACCCAGCGCAGCAAGGGUUCCGAACGGAGGAAUGCGCGUGUGCACAACCAGUGGAAUGAAAUUUAUCUUAUCCUGCGCGGGACCCCUGUCACUGGAUCUGAAUGGCAUUGAAACAUUCUUCAAAGCCAUCUUCAACGCUCAGCCCGCUCUUUAUGACUCCACUAUCCUCGACAUUCCGUGGAGACAGGUAUCCACCAAGCCUACUCUUAGAAUCGGAGUUGUGCCCGAAAGCCCUAACUUCCCUCUUCAUCCCCCUGUUCGGCGAGUUCUAGCCGAGGCUGCCACACUACUCAAAGCCCAGGGCCAUGAGAUUGUCCCCUUGAGUGAGAAGGAAUGUCAGAUCAUUGAAGCCAACGAAAUCGCAUGGAACACCUUCAGUCUCGACCAAGGGGCAAUGCGUCAUAUGCAGGCAGCUGGAGAGCCUCCCGUGCCCUCGCUGGUCCAUAUUGGGAAGUUAAUCGAGGUGUUGAAGCUAAAGAAGCCUACCCUUCCGGAUAUGAGCACUCUUGACAGCAUGGGUAAAUUGGCUUUACUGAAUACACACCGCGCAGAACUGCGUGAAUCUUACAGAAAGAUGUGGCUCCACCAUAAUCUGGAUAUCUGCCUUGCACCACCUGCUCAAUCGACAGCGGUGGCGCAUGAUAAAUUUGGCGUGGCGCCUUAUACCACCUUCCUGAACCUGCUCGACUAUCCAGCCUGUGUCAUUCCAUUCGGACACGUGGGAGAGCUCGAUGCCAAGGAGACCAUGGAGUUGAAGGAGUACCAGGUUGCACCGCCUUGGAACUAUGAGCUGCUCAAGGGAGCACCGUGCUCGAUCCAAGUUUUCACUACCACCCUCCGGGAUGAGGAAUGUUUGCAGAUGACCAAACAAAUUGACGAAUGCCUGAAAGGUAAAAUUUAG